AGGUGAGUGACUUUCUUGCACAACAUGGCGUCUCUGCAAUUCUUACCACAGUUUAGUUCAUUUUGAACUAGAAGUUCAGCUGUCUAUGUUUUCCACAAUGCAUAAUAGCAAGUCCGUUCUUUUACUGACCUGCGUGAGUGACAUAUUGUCCAACCCUAGUUGUGAUAGAUGUUAAGACGGUGCAGUGUUGCAAUGCACUUCAGGUGAAGCCAUGCAGCAGAAGUCAGUGGCGGAACGCCUCAUGCGCCUUUGGAUGGCCAUUAUUAUAAUCCCCGCCAUCUCGCUGGCCGCUGGCUCCAAGUACGAGACAGCGUAUGCAUGUGAAGGCAAAACACUCACGCUCGAGUGUGAUCCGGGCAAUGUGAUUAAUUUAAUUCGGGCUAACUACGGUCGGUUCUCUAUAACAAUUUGCAACGAUCAUGGUAACGUGGAAUGGAGCGUGAACUGCAUGUCACCUAAAAGUUUGCGCGUGCUGCACACAAAGUGUGCUCUAAAGCAUAAAUGUAGCGUCCUAGCAAGUACAUCACUUUUCGGUGAUCCAUGCGCUGGUACACAUAAGUAUUUGGAAGCUCAUUACCAGUGCAUAUCGGCAACACAGACGCCCACGACCACUGGUCGCUCACCACCACCAUGGCUAAUCACAUCACCGCCCAGUGUAUGGAGUUCUCCGACAAUGCGUUCUACAACUGAGCCGCCUCUAACAGCUGUCACGAGUCUCUUUGUCACCGAUUCUACGACAGAAUCAACAGACCCUCCCAUGGAAACACCUACACCUGAAGUACCCCCAACCGUAGGAAGUAUAAAUCGUGUAAUGCAAUCUGCAUUACCGGAGGAGAGCAGAGAUGUUUGGUGUGGUCCUACCACGACACGUAAUAUGUUCUGGAAUGUGACUCGAGCUGGUGAUGUAAACGUACAAUCAUGUCCAGGUGGAGCUACAGGAAUUGCAAAAUGGCGGUGCGUUUUGAAUGACACGGAAUUGCCCAUGUGGCAACCAUCAACGCCCGAUUUGGCUCAAUGUCGUAGCCUUUGGCUCAAUAAUCUUGAAAUUCGUGUCAAUAUGCAUGACUCUUCAAUCAUUUCCAUCGCUAAUGACUUAUCACAGGUGACCAGCAGUAAAACACUUUACGGUGGUGAUAUGUUAGUCACCACAAAAAUUAUUCAGUCAAUGUCGAACAAAAUGGCAUAUGACAUAGAGACGUUUCCUGAUCAAAAGCAGCGUGAAGCGAUAGUCUAUGAACUACUUCACAGUGUUGUACGCACAGCAGGAAAUUUGUUAGACGCUACACAAGCUAUGUCAUGGCUUGACUUAAGUCAUGAAGAUCAAAUGCGUGUUGCAACUUCGUUGCUAACAGGCCUAGAGGAAAAUGCUUUUCUUCUGGCAGACACCAUAAUCCGUGAGCAAAGUGUUGUGCAACGGGUGAAAAACAUUUUACUGAGUAUUCGUGUACUUGAAACGCGUAAUAUUGCCACAGCCGAAAUAUUUCCUGAUUUCUCGCAUGAGCAGUGGACAGUGAGUCGUGACACUAUAGAACUUCCACGAGCGUCUCUCAUUGAUAAUAGUGAAGGAGGCCUAGUGAGAAUUGUAUUUGUGGCAUUUGAUAGACUUGAAAACAUCCUCAAGCCACCAGCUACAGAUUAUUUACACCAAUUAUCAUUACAAAUAGGUAAUCAAAGUAUUGGUGUAACAAAAGAUCGCGUAUUAAAUAGUAAAGUGAUAUCAGCAAGCCUGGGCAAAGGUCGACACAUUCAAUUGUCACAGCCUAUAAGACUUACAUUCCAACACCUGCAAACGGAGAAUGUUUCACAACCGACUUGUGUGUUUUGGAGUUAUAUCGAUCAUGCAUGGUCUGAAGACGGUUGUCACGUGGAGAUGACAAAUACCACCCAUACGAUGUGUUCGUGCAAUCAUCUUACGAAUUUCGCUAUUCUAAUGGAUAGAGUGGCACCACUGACGACAAAUGUGACAACUCAUCUGAACCGAAAUGUUCUCAUAAUGAUCUACAUCAGCAUAUCAUUGUGUAUAUUGUUUGUAGUAAUAGCAUUAGCCAUAUUUAAGCUGUACAAUGGGCAAUUUCUCAAGGUAAGCGAACAGAGCCAGUCAAUUGGGGCACAGAGACAACCUUACAUUCCACCACCAUCUUUUCAAACCACUCCAUCAACCUCUGAAACGCAAUCUAGACUAUUGACUCCACUUCCCAAUUCCACUCUUGCCGCUUUUACGCUCCUAGCCAAUUUCAAUAACGUUCAUCAUCAUCAUCAUCAUCUGCAUCAUCAUCUGCACCAUCAUCACACGCGUCCUAGAGUAGUAAAUGUAAUUAGAAAUAAUCUUGAGUCAUUAAACAUGGAUGAUGUAUCUGUAUGACUCACUUAAUCUAAUUUUUAUAUGUUGUAAUGAGCAUACAACAGCUGUGAUACUGGUGCAGAUCUGGCCCCGUCCUGUCUCUCUUCACAAUCUGUAUAGAUGUGCAUGUGGAAUAUAUUUUUUCCUUAAUGCCUAUAAAUUAUUUAUUUAUUAUGAUAUAAUAUUAGGAUCGUCUUCCUAUCCACUGUAGUUUAUGUAUGCGAAACGAAAAAUGAAAAUUACCCAACUUGUAACGUGAGCGAAAGAAAGGCUGAAUGAGCAUAUUUUAUUAUUGUUCAUUUUUCUUUUUGUUCUCCUGUCACUUGGCUUUCACUCAUAUAAUUUUUGGUGAAUUUUAAUGGAUGUUGCGGCGAACAAAAAAUUGGGAACUAUGAUAUCUUGGGUGAUUUGUUUCAAAGCCGUUUCAAAUUAAUAUAACGACCGCUUUCCCGUCGAGGAUAUGACCUACAAUAUUGCCCCCUUUCAGUCGUCCAUGAAGGUGGACAUGGCAGAGUUUAGCGGAUGGAGACGCGGCAGAAAUGUAGAAGAUUUCCACGAUGGAAAACACGAGUGUUUUAUAGGAGCGUGACCCGGGCAAAUGAUUUUCCAUGAAAAUGGCCCGAUUUAUCUGAAG